AUGACUAUGAUAGCAACCUGCGAACAGAUCGAUGAAUCCUGGGGCCCGUGGGCACAGAGCUGCCGCGGUGGCUUUGAUUUCACCCUUACCUUUGAGGAUACCAUCCUGAUCAUUCUGCCCAGUAUCAUCUUCAUUGUCGCUUCCCUCAUUGGCGUGCUUUGCGGAAGGGAGCGGAGGCAGCUCUUACAUGCAACACCUUAUCUGAGCACCUGCAAACCGUCUUUACACUGUGUUACGAUUGGCCUCGCUGAUAUUGUGGUCGAGAACUCCAAUUCGAGUCCGCACCAGUAUCGCAGCGGAGGUUAUAUACUUCGUAACAGCGUUUCCCUUAGCGUGGUGGUCGUAUCGAUUGCACCGCACCGCGGUCGCACCCAGUCUGUUCCUCAGUCUCUUCCUUUCAGUAACAAUCAUCUUUCAAGCGGCCCGGACGAAGCCCCAUCACUUGCCUACCGCGGCACUGGCAACGCUUUCGAGGGAGCAGCUAAGCGGGCUCUAUGGUCGGGGCCUAUUCCUCUGGCUAGCGCGUACACUGUGGGAUGCGAUCUCUUUGGCAUGUAUGAUGCCGCCACGGCGGGCCAUUACAAUACUCGAUUUGGUCAAUAUUCUCGCUUGAGUCAGGUGCAAGGAUCCAAAGCAACUUCUCUGCUACGAGCCCUUUUUCUAACACUACGCAUUGAACUGCUGAUACCUGCCCUGCCGCGUGGAGUAAUGAUUGCCGUGACCCUUGUCCAACCUCUGCUACUUCAGCGCAUACUAGACUUUGUCCAGGGCGAAGGGUACAGCGAGCGGAUGAGUGUGGGUUACGGAUUGAUUGGGGCAUGCGCGUUGCUUUACGGUCUCACAUCCAUGUUCAACGCAUGGUAUGCACACGCGUCAAAUCGCCUGGCGUUGCAGAUCCGCAACGUUCUGGUUGAUGCCAUCUAUAGCAAGUUGCUCCGCUUGCCAAUUGCGAAAGCUGACCCAGGCCUUAUCACCACCCUGAUCAACGUAGAUAUGGAACAUAUCAUUGAGGGUGCGCGUGUGAUUCAUGAUCUCUGGGCUGCUGUGAUCUCCGUCGGUGUAAGCCUGUAUAUGAUUUACUGGAAGUUAGGGCUAGCUCCGGUCAACCAUGACCCUGUUGUCUCACUACAAGGAAGUAAAGAUGUUGGGACUUGCCGCCCAAUAUAUGAAGGAAUUGAAGAGACUAAGGAUCGUCGAAGUUCACCUGGCACGCUAAUCUGGUCUAUCUUAUCGACUGUCCCAGCAUCAGCAUCUUCUCAGAUAGCUCUCGUAGCAGCAUACGGCGGGUUUGCUAUUGUGUCAAGGACGCGCGACGAAGUGAUGACAACUGAUACCAUGUUCACCUCUUUGGCUCUGCUCCAGAUUUCAACAGAUCCUCUAUUUAUGCUGAUACAAGAAACCCCAUUACUGGUUUCAGCAUACAAGUGCAUUCAGCGCAUCCAGUCCUUUUUAGAAGAACACUCAUCUAUGCAAGCCAAGGGCACUCUGUCCCUACAAGAAACGGUUGAUGCCCAUGGAAAGGAUAUAUUUGAGCUCAACUGCAAACCCUUACCAGAUGCUUCUGUGUCACUAGAUGGAGAAGAGUGUGGCACACUCAUUAAAUUUCACAAUGCGUGUUACUCUGGGGGGAACACCGAGGGAGAGGUUUUGCUAUCCGACCUUACGCUCGUCAUCCGUCAGGGUAGUGCGGUCAUCGUAGCAGGAAGCAUUGGUUCCGGGAAAUCCUCUCUGUUGAAAGCAAUCCUCGGCGAGCUCUGCUUCGUGUCCGGAUACAGCUACGUCCGUCCACAUCUACGUAUGGCUUAUUGUGCUCAAGAGCCCUGGCUUCUUAACGACACUAUUCGCAAUAACAUCCUUGGUGGCCGUGCGAUGGAUUCUGGAUGGUACCAGCAGGUGCUGGAGGCUGUUCACCUGCUUCCCGAUCUCGACAGUCUAUCAGAGAGGGACAGCACGAUCAUCGGCCACGGGGGCUCGAGAUUGAGCGGCGGCCAGCGUCAAAGAAUUUCGCUUGCCCGCGCUCUGUACUCCCGGCCCCAACUGCUUCUGGCUGACGACAUACUGAGCGGCCUGGAUAAGAAGACGGAACAAGGAAUUAUCGGAGCUGUCUUCUCCCCAUUUGGUCUCCUGAAGCGCCUCGAGUGCACUGUUGUCCUUGCCACUCACUCCGAUCUGUGCAUAUCCAAAUUUGAUGAUGUCAUUACUAUGGACCAAGGCCGUAUCCUCUUUCGUGGUUCAUCUAAGAAAACUUCCAAUAUUGAAGAAAUGAUUGGAAACAGAAACCUGGGGGGUAAUGAUAACUUUGAGAAUUUGAAAACAGCCUCCACUCCUACAGAAAGUAUCACCGUGGCUAGCGUGGAUUCAGUGGCUCGCAGCCUACCUGAUGAGGAUGAAAGCGCGGCCACAGCCCCAUCAGACUGGUCGAUUUAUCUUUUCUUCGCCCGCUCAAUGAGUGUCACCGGCUUUCUGGUCUUUGUGGCUCUGGCAAUGGCAAUUGGGGCAGAGCGCUCCUUCGAAAGUGUCUGGUUGCAGGAUUGGGCAGAGUCAAAACAUCCAGACCACGUGGCUUAUUAUGUUGGUAUCUUCACAGGCUUAGUAGUAGGAGGAUUGAUCCUCCUCUAUAUAACUUGCUGGUCCGUCCUCAUUACUCUCCGGUCUAUAUUGGUUACCCGCUUACAACCAGGGUUUCCCAACAGUGUUUUCUUCGAGUUUCUGAUGACUUCAUCUUCUAUUGGCAUCUAUGGGGAUCAAUUUAUUCAAGACAUCAUGUUGUUGGACAACGACCUCCCCAUGGCUUGGUUGAACACCUUCACAGCACUUUGCGCCGCUCUCGGUGAGACAAUCAUUGUUCUCUUAUCCUCUAAGUACCUGGUGAUCUCCGUCCCAUUCCUGGUAGGAGGUCUGUGAGUGUUGCAGAGGUUUUACUUGCGCACCUCGAAGCAGCUCCGGCUCAUGGACAUUGAGUCCAAGGCUCCGCUCUCGGGUUUUGUUAAUGACACCAUUUCUGGUCUCUUAACCGUUCGGGCUUUUGGUCGAAUAGAUGAGUUUCAAUGCCAGGCCAGGCAACUCUUGCAGACUUCUCAGGCGGCCAACUAUAUGCUCCUUUCCAUACAGGUCUGGCUGAAAAUGAUCCUAGACUUUAUCGUCAUGAUCCUUGCAGUAGCGGUCACCGGCCUCGCAGUAGGCUUGCGAUCACAACGAUCAGUUGGCUUUCUGGGUCUAGCGUUGGUUAACCUUAUUUCACUCAGUUCUACUAUACGUUAUGUUAUGACUUUUUGGGUCGAUUUGGAGACUUCUAUCGGGGCUGCGGCCCGAAUUCGUCAAUUUAACAUCAGUAUGACACCGGAAGAUGACCCUUCCAACCGGCCUGAACAUAAAGCAGGGUUUGCAAACGGCAACGUUGCAUUCCAGGACGUCUCUGCCGUCAACGGAACUAGUGGGGACAUGAUCCUGAAGGAUGUCACCUUUUCAGUUCGGGAAGGACAGAAAGUGGCCAUAUGUGGCCGAACUGGCAGUGGUAAAUCUGCUCUUCUGGGAACGCUGCUACGGUUGCUGGACAUUCAGCGUGGCGUGGUGACUGUCGGCGAUGAACCCAUUACAGGCUUCAGUCGGGAUUCUAUUCGAGGCAGUUUCCUCAGCCUGCCACAGAAGCCUUUACUCUUCGCCAAUUCGGUUCGCUAUAAUAUGGACCCCUGGGGCCGGCAUGCUGAUUCACAGGACUUUGACACCUAUGCUAGAGAGUCCUUGCAGCAAGUGGGCAUCUGGGAGGUGUUCGAGCAGCUUUACCACCAAAGCCUCUCGGACGCAGGGGCCCACUUUCCCAUACCGAAAUCGGCUCUCGAUCUUGACAUUGAUACCGACGGGUCACUCACACCAGGGCAGCAGCAACUAUUCUGCUUGGCGAGGCUGCUUUGUCGUCUCCGUCAGGAAAGUUCCAAGUUUCCGGUCAUUCUCCUCGACGAAGUCACCAGUUCUGUUGACCAGGAGACAGAACGUACCAUGCGAUGCCUCCUGCGCAACAGCCUGCAAAAACAUACCGUGCUCGAGGUUAUCCAUCGCUUAAAGAAAGACGCUGUUCGUGAGGAUUAUGACCUCGUACUGGUCCUCGACCAGGGACAGAUAGUCGAGUUCGGCCCUCCGGCUGCGCUUCUUAAUACGCCAGGUGUAAGUUCUUCCGGUUCCUCCUUGUAUAUCGUCGAUAAUCUUAUUGACGUUCGCUGUAGCAUUGCUCUUUUGCUUCCCGAUUGGCGUGAAAAGAGAGGUCUUGCUCAAUGGAUGGAGAAGACAGAAUUGUGA